AGUAAACGCCGUUUUGGAAGGAAAAGCGCAGACUUGUAAUGCAUGUGGAUCCGCGCAGUGGCGCUGAAUUACCUCUCAAGGCAUUUGUACAAGUGUUUGCAGAGCAGAGGCGCAACUGGGAACUUGCAGGCUCACUACUAAAUCUCACAGCAAAUCCCUUUAGCUGCGAGUUGACAAGGCUCGACUGAUCUCUGAGGGAAGUUUCAGGAAAUGUAACAGGUGGAAGAGCCGAGAGAAUGAACUGUGGGCUGCCCUCUCGUUAGCGUCCCGGGCUAGCUGCUGCUGUGCGUGCUUGAAGGUGCCUGUAGGAGUCGGACAGGGAAACAACUGCUGCGCGCUGUUUCACACGGUCAGGUGGCACCAUGGAUGACAACAACCUGAGUGAUUCCAAUGUGAAGGUGGCUGUUCGUGUGCGACCGAUGAACAGGAGAGAAAAAGACCUGAAGACAAAAUGCGUGGUGGAAAUGGAGGGGAACCAAACUGUUUUGCAUCCAGCCAUCACCAACGUAAACAAAGGAGAUCCUCGGAAUCAGCCAAAAGUUUUUGCCUAUGAUCACUGUUUCUGGUCCAUGGAUGAAUCUCAGAAAGACAAGUUUGCAGGUCAGGAAGUAGUGUUCCAGUGUCUUGGAGAGAGUCUUCUGGACAACGCCUUCUUGGGCUACAACGCCUGCAUCUUUGCUUACGGACAGACAGGCUCCGGGAAGUCGUACACCAUGAUGGGCACAGCGGAGCAGCCCGGUCUGAUCCCUCGACUCUGCAGCUCCCUGUUCAGCAGGAUCGUGCAGGAGGCCCGGGAGGGAGAGACCUUCACCGUGGAGGUCUCCUUCAUGGAGAUCUACAACGAGAAGGUCCGAGACCUGCUCGACCCCAAAGGGAAUCGACAAGCGCUGAGAGUGAGAGAGCACAAAGUUUUGGGGCCGUACGUCGACGGCCUGUCUCGCCUGGCUGUGGCCAGCUACAAGGACAUCGAGUCCCUGAUGUCAGAGGGAAAUAAAUCUCGCACCGUGGCGGCGACAAACAUGAACGAAGAGAGCAGCAGAUCCCACGCUGUGUUCAACAUCAUCCUCACACACACACUCAUGGACCUGCAGUCUGGGACGAGCGGAGAGAAGGUGAGCAAGCUGAGUCUGGUGGAUCUGGCCGGCAGCGAACGGGCAGCUAAGACCGGAGCAGCGGGGGAAAGACUGAAAGAAGGCAGCAACAUCAAUAAAUCUCUCAGUACUCUGGGUUUAGUGAUCUCGGCCUUGGCUGAUCAUGGAGCAGGGAAGAACAGGAGCAAGUUUGUUCCCUACAGAGACUCUGUGCUCACCUGGCUGCUCAAGGACAGUCUGGGAGGGAACAGCCGCACCGCCAUGGUCGCCACCAUCAGCCCGGCGGCGGACAACUUCGACGAGACGCUGUCCACCUUGCGUUACGCCGACAGGGCCAAGAACAUCGUCAACCACGCCGUGGUCAACGAAGACCCUAACGCCAGGAUCAUCAGAGAGCUCAGAGAGGAAGUGGAGAAACUGAGGGAGCAGCUCACCGUGGCCGAGUCUAUGAAGGCCCCCGAGCUGAAGGAUCGACUGGAGGAGUCUGAGAAACUGAUCCAAGAGAUGACAGUUACAUGGGAGGACAAACUCAGAAAUACUGAGGCUAUUGCACAGGAGCGUCAGAGGCAGCUGGAGAGCUUGGGCAUUUCCCUGCAGUCGUCUGGCAUCAGAGUGGUGGAUGACAAGUGUUUCCUGGUCAACCUGAACGCUGAUCCUGCCCUCAAUGAGCUGCUGGUUUACUACUUGAAGGAGCACACACGUGUGGGCUCAGCCAACUCGCAGGACAUCCAACUAUGCGGGAUGGCCAUCCAAGCCGAGCACUGCAUCAUCGACAUCACAGAGAACAACGGUGUGAUGCUCACUCCUCACCGCAAUGCUCGAACGUGUGUGAACGGUGCCGUAGUCACCAGUCCGAUCCAGCUUCAUCACGGAGACCGAAUCCUGUGGGGAAACAACCACUUCUUCAGGAUCAACCUGCCCAGACAUAUGGCACACGCAGGGGGUGAGGAUGAGGAUGGUGGCGCUGUGAUGAAAACCUGUUUGAGCACCGACCGCCUGGAGGUAGACUUUGACGCAUCCAGCGACGUGUCGAGCGAGUUGAGCUUCGGCUACGAGCACGCCCAGGCCGAAGUCAUGAUGAAAGGCAUGGGCAACAACGACCCUUUGCAGUCAGUGUUACAGACCUUGGAAAGGCAGCAUGAGGAGGAGAAGCGCUGCGCCUUGGAGCGCCAGAGGCAGAUGUACGAACAGGAGCUGCAGCUGCUUCGCCGGCGGCUCACCCCCGAGAAACCCCCCCACCUCCUGGAUCUCACAGGCCUGCCGCCCAGUGCCGCCGCUGCUGCAGCCGGGUCGUUACCUGGCUCCCACAAACGCAUGCGGCGCUGGAGUGAGGACAGAGAGGCCAUGAUGACUCGCAGCCUGCGGCGUCUGAGGGAGCAGAUAGUUCGGGCCAACCUGUUGGCUCAGGAGGCCGGCUUCAUCGCAGAGGAGCUCAACAAGAGGACAGAGUACUUGGUCACCUUGCAGAUACCUGCUGCCAACCUGGACGCUAACAGGAAGCGUGAUGCGGUGCUGAGCGAGCCGGCCAUCCAGGUUCGCCGUAAAGGUAAAGGGAAGCAGAUCUGGGCUCUGGAGAAGAUGGAGAACAGGCUGGUGGACAUGAGGGAGCUCUACCAAGAGUGGAAGGACUUUGAUGAGGACAACCCUGUGAUGCGUUCCUAUUUCAAACGUGCCGACCCGUUCUUCGACGAGCAGGAGAACCACAGUCUGAUCGGCGUGGCCAACGUUUUCCUGGCCUGCCUGUUCUACGACGUCAAGCUGCAGUAUGCCGUGCCCAUCAUCAACCAGAAGGGAGAGGUGGCAGGUCGGCUGCAUGUGGAACUGUGGCGAGGAACAGAAGGCUCGGAGGAGGAAAGUUCAGGACAGUUUGACACUUGGCAGAGCAACGCAGACGGAGAUCUGCAGGAGCGCAAACUGGACUGUGUGGUAAAAAUCCUCCAGGCCACUGGUCUCCCCCGCCACCUGUCUAACUUCGUCUUCUGCCAGUAUCACUUUUGGGGGCAGGAGGAGCCCGUGUUCAUCGCCCCGGAGAUGGCGUCGUCCAACUCGUCAUCCGCCUCCAGAGACCCUCAGUGCACGGUGGUCUUUGACAGUGCCAAGGAGUUGUCUGUGUCGGUGUCGGAGGACUUUGUGGAGUUUUUGUCCGAGGGGGCGGUGGCCAUUGAAGUGUACGGCCACAAACAGGCCAACCAUCGCAGGAACCUGGCACUGUGGGACCUCGGAGUGAUUCAGGCAAAGACCAGAUCCCUCAGAGAGAGGUGGAGUGAGGUGACUCGCCGGCUGGAGCUGUGGGUGCAGCUGAUGGAGCUGAACGAGGCGGGGGAGUUCACAGCUGUGGAGGUGCUUCCUGCCAAGGACGUACGCACUGGAGGAAUCUUUCAGCUCAGACAGGGUCAGUCCCGUCGGGUCCAGGUGGAGGUGCGUUCGGUGCCGGAUUCGGGCACCAUGCCCCUCAUCACAGCCUCCAUCCUGUCUGUGACCAUCGGAGACGUCAAGAUCCGGCAGACGCGCGUCUCAAGAGGCAGCGAAUCGCAAUGGGAUGCAGAUGAAGAAAUGGACAGCUACCAAGAGGUAGACCUGGAGAGGAUGCGGGAACAGUGGCUGGUCACGCUCACUCAGAGACAGGAGUAUCUGGACCAGCAGCUACAGAAGAUAGUGUCCAAACCAGAUAAGUCAGAGGACGAUGUUGAGAGGGAAUCUCAGCUGCUGGAGUGUCGUCUGACCCUCACUGAAGAGCGCAACGCUGUUCUGGUGCCGUCAGCUGGCAGCGGCAUCCCUGGAGCACCGGUAGAAAGGGUUCCUGUCCCUGGAAUGGAAACACACAUUCCUGUCCUGUUCCUGGAUCUCAGUGCUGAUGAUUUUCAGGCCAAUCUUUCAGCCCCGCUGGCCGGGGGGCUGGAUGCGUUUCUCGGAGGCGAGGAUGAGGAUGACUUCUUUGACCUUCAAAUUGUCAAACACUAUGAUCCAGAGGUGAAAGUGGAGGCAUCCUGGGACUCAACCGUCCACGAGUGCCCCCAGCUGAGCCGCGUGGCUUCGGCCGACCAGAGGGUCUACCUGACGGUCCGCGCGCUGGUACAGCUGAGCCACCCGGCCCACAUGCAGCUGGUCCUCAGGAAACGCAUCUGUGUUAAUGUCACCGGAAGACAGGGUUUUGCCCAAAGCCUGCUGAAGAGGAUGUCCCAGCGCAGCACCAUCCCCGGCUGUGGAGUCACCUUCGAAAUCGUCUCUAACAUACCGGGCGACAUCCACGGCCCAGAGGACAGGGAGAUGCUGGCCCGACUGGCCGCCAGCACCGAGGAGGACCAGUCAGCUGACAACGAGGCAGCCAUAGAGAAAUACCUGCGCAGCGUCCUGGCUGUGGAGAACAUCCUCACUCUGGACAGACUCAGACAGGAGGUGGCUGUGAGAGAACAGCUGGCUGUCAGAGGGAAAGCUUCCAGACGCUGCCUCAGCACUCCAAACAUCAACCGGUUGUCAUCCAGCAGUCUGGAUCUCUACUCCUCCAUUCAUAAGCUCAAUGACUUCAAGGGCUGGGAUAGUCACCAGGAUCUGUCUGCGGCGCCUCCUCCAUCCAGACGCACACUGCCCAGCUCCAUAUCCCAGAACCUGAACCCAGAGACCGUGCAUUCAGGCUUUGCUGCGUCUUAUCUCUCUACAGUGAAGGCCGUCCCCAAGCUGCUGAAGUCGCUGCUUCCUGGUGGGAAAGAAGAUAGUAGAGACCAGACAGCUGUCCAUCAGCAGGUACACUCAAGUUUGCCUCGUAUCAUGGUGCAGUCGGCCAGUGUUGAAGAGGGAAUGAGCAAACAACAGCAGCCGGUUCCCAUUGAGGAAAUCAUCCCUCCCGAGAUCCAAAUGGAGAGCCCCAGAUCCAUGCCCCUCCCUCCGCCAAUUAUCCCAGAGACUGAAGACUUCACCCCCAGCCCAGUGAGCGAAGCGUCCAGUGGCUACAUGUCAACCAGUAUAUCCACGGCAACGCUGUCAGACGUCUACACGCUGAGCUGGGACCUGCCUUCAUCAUCCGGCUGCAGGGCUGACAGUUUUGAGGCUGUGCCAAAUAAAGAGGAAGAGGAAAAUAAAAUGACGCAGGAAUCCUCACCUCUGUCUGUUACCUCACAAUCCGACGCUGACCUUGAAUCUCCUCUUGCGGACCAAUCAGAACCUCUGGAGUCAUCGCAGGUUUUGAACGGCAAGGCACCCGCAGAGGUAACUGACUUGCCACAGUCCAAACCAAACGAUACUCUGUGUGAUGCUAAUCUCAGUCCACAAGAACCAAAUCAGUCUGCGUCGGUCCAGUUGAAGGAGCUAGAAGAGCCUGAUCUAGUUGCAGAAUCAGACUUGCCAGGCCAGACCAAACAAAAGCAAGACUCAACAACUGACCAUGUUGGAUCAGAGCAAUUAGACAGUUCAGAGCCACUCAAAGAUUCAUUGUUGGUACAAGAGAAUGAAACCAAGCAGAUAGAAUUACAACAAACAGACAACUUAAAACCAGAGACCUCUAUGACAGAAGAUUUUAAGCUGGAUAACGACACAGAUGACACCGCUGACAAGACAGAAUCUGAACUCCCAGUCCAUAAUGAAACACAACCAUCUGCACAAGAAGGUCAAAGUCAGUUGGAAAUGAUCGUCCCACUGCCACAACAGCCUGAACAAGACCAGAAAGCCUUGGACAAUUCUCAAGAUACAGCUCCAAACCUGAUCCCAGUUUUGUCUGAAGUCUCGGCAACUACUCCUGUGCCAUCUGGGAACUCAGUUCUUCAAACUGCAACCCAGGAACAAUCCCUUUCCGAGGCCUCAGACCCAGAUGGUGCCUCUAUGCCGACUUCAUCUUUAUCCACAGAUGAGGUGCAACAUGAAGCAACUGUUGGCGCAUCUACCAGAGCUGCUGAAACUCCAGCUUCUUCUUUGUCCAAUGUUCAGCCUUCUAAACCCACUGCAUCAGCGGUCAACCCUUUCAAGAUCCAGAAAGUGAAGUCAUCUGAUCUUAAGUCCUUUCACCGUAUCCUGGGCGAGGAGGAGGAGAUUCCUGGGCAGGUGGAGCGGGCCGCCAGCGUUGGAGCAGGACUCAACCUCUCUGUGCCAAUGGAAAGCCUGGAAAUCAUCUCAGACUCUGAAGGAGAUGCAGCUGCUACCACCGUUCUUCCUGACUGGUUGAAAGAAGGGGAGUUUGUGACUGUUGGGACCAAUAAAAGCGGCACCGUCCGUUACGUUGGACCCACAGAUUUUGCAGAGGGCACCUGGGUGGGAGUGGAACUGGAGGUACCAGCAGGAAAGAAUGAUGGCUCGGUAGGCGGAAAGCACUACUUCCACUGUAACCCUGGUUACGGUGUACUGGUGAAGCCAGACAGGGUGAGCCGAGGUGGCAGCAAACGCCGUCGCCACCAGCAACAACAGAAGCGCCGCAGUGCUAAUUUAUCUGGAUCCAGCCCAAACCUGGCAGCCCUUACCGCUCUGGCUAAAGGCGAAGGUGGAGGGGCAUCACCCGGCCGCAGCAGAGGAGAGAACCGCAAGUCCUGGAACACUUGAGAAGAGGGGUCUCCGCUUAAUGGGUAAUUGCUGGACUCCCAGUUAGCUGUCACCUCCACACCCAGCGUCUGGUUGAUGUGAUCAUCUUUCAGAAAGAGUGACAAUUCACCGAAUCUGGUACAGUUUUCACUCCACACUCCUCUGGUGGGAGAGGGAACCUUCUCAUCACAUCUUUAUCACUCAUCAUCUGCUAUAGGCUGUAUUCCCACCUGGGAAUACUUAGUAUUUGAAAACUACAGAGAAAUAUUGAAUGUUUUAUCAGAAAAUGUGAAUGUUUUUAGGCAUGUAGAUGCAAAUAACAACCAUUUCUCUUUAAUGAAUUUCAUUUACGCCAAGAUUUCAUGUUUUUAAAUGGUGGAUAUCUCCUUGUGGAAAGGGUUUUUUUCCUGUGACAACAGUAUAUUACAAUCAAAACACUGCCUCAAAAUCAGCACAUUUUGUCUCCAUCAAUGUGCUCUGCUACUUGCCAAGCAGAAGUACAUUGGGGUCAAAUAUUAAUAAUAAAAAAAUCACUGGAUUAUGUUGUCAGACUUCAAAGGUGGCACAUCACUUGUAAGUGCUCAUACUGUACAUCUACUGUUCAAAAUAUAUUAUGCAGCUGCAUGUUGGAGUCUCAUAAAUUACUUCAAAACCUUUUGUAAUGUUGAUUGGAUGCUGUUAUUUUAUUGUUGUGCCUUGAAAUAUCAUGACUACUACUCAAACAAAUGUGCCUUAGUGAGAAAUUAGCAUGUUUUUCCUGUGUUGUGCGGUUGAAAACUGUUCAUGAACUGUUUUAAGGAGCUUAUUGUAGCUCUUGAAUGUGUAUUUCUACUGUUUUAGAAACAAACUUGCACUCUUUUUCCUGACAAAUUCCACUGAAAUUUU